GGGGAGAGAGAGAGAGAGGAAAAGAGAGAGAAGAAAAAGCAGCGAUGAGGAAUGGGAUGGGGCGAUUGGGUGGAAUGCAGAGAGGCCGUUUUCUCACUGUCAACCCGGAAUCUCGUCGGUGUGUAAGAUUCACGGCGAAAUCCCUGUCGGUUUCCGACGAGUUCAGGGUCCUAGGUCUGACGCCCUUGGCGUCCAAGAGUGACGUCAAACACGCUUACAAGCGCUUAGCCUUGAAGUACCACCCAGAUGUGAUCAGAGAGGAGAAUAGCCGCCAUAAACCCGACAUUUUUAAGGAUAUUAAAUCUGCUUACGAGAGCCUUAUGGAGAAGUUUGAGGAGGAAGAAGAAUCAAGGGCAGCUGAGUAUUACGAAGACGAAUUCGAUGAAUGGGAAGAAUGGAUGGGAUUCGAAGGUGGGAUCCCAGCCGUUUAUAAUCCAUCUUAGUAAAUUUUCUUCAACCCACCUCUGUUUUUCUUUGUACAUGUAUGUGGGUUACCGUUUCUUGUAUGUAAUUUUGUAAAUAUUUUGUUGUAACAAAAAAAAUAGAGAGGUGUGGCCCAUGGGAUGGAUGGUCAAGUUCCAAGCGUGCUCCACCUCGUAAAUUAGCUGGGCCUGAGAGAUGGAUGGUCUGGAUCUAUCAAUGAAUCUUUUUCCUUUUUUAUUUAAUGGAUCAAAGUGAAUCUUGGAGGGGAAAGGGGAA